AUGUCUUCUUUUUUCAUUGAAAACCCCAAUGUGGGCGACAAGACCCAUAUGGAAGACUCGAGAAUUCGAGGAUACAAUCCCCUCACCCCUCCCAACCUCCUCCAACAUGAGAUAGCGUUGACGGAGAGGUCUCAGAAAACGGUCCUGGAGGGCCGCAAAGAGGCCGUCGCCAUUGUUCACGGCACCGACACGGACAAACGCCGCCUGCUGGUGGUCGUUGGCCCCUGCUCUAUCCACGACCCGGACAUGGCCAUAGAGUACUGCGACCGUCUAUUGAAGAUGAAGGAGAAAUACAAGGACGAGCUGUUGAUCAUUAUGCGCUCCUACCUGGAGAAGCCCCGCACCACAGUUGGAUGGAAGGGUCUCAUCAACGACCCGGACAUCGACAACAGCUUCAAGAUCAACAAAGGCCUGCGGACCUCCCGUCAGCUCUUCGUUGACCUGACUAAUAAGGGAAUGCCAAUUGCGAGUGAGAUGCUGGAUACGAUCUCGCCGCAGUUCCUGGCAGACUGUCUCUCCCUUGGCGCGGUUGGUGCUCGGACCACGGAGUCGCAGGUGCAUCGGGAGCUGGCGUCGGGGCUUUCGUUCCCUGUGGGAUUUAAGAACGGUACCGAUGGCUCUCUGGAUGUCGCUGUGGAUGCAAUUGGAUCUGUCACGCACCCUCACCACUUCCUCUCCGUCACCAAGCCCGGUGUCGUCGCUAUUGUCGGCACCGUAGGCAACCCUGACUGCUUCGUCAUUCUGCGUGGAGGCAAGAAGGGCCCCAACUACGAUGCUCAGAGCAUCGCAGAAAUCAAGACUAAGCUCUCCUCGCAGGGGAUGACGCCCCGGCUGAUGGUCGACUGCAGCCACGGCAAUUCGCAAAAGAACCACAAGAACCAGCCCAAGGUGGCUGCUGUUCUUGCGGAGCAAAUCGCUGCGGGUGAGACGGCGAUCAUGGGCGUUAUGAUUGAGAGCAAUAUCAACGAAGGUAACCAAAAGGUGCCACCCGAGGGCAAGGCCGGCCUGAAAUACGGAGUCAGUAUCACAGAUGCCUGCAUCCACUGGGAAGACACGGAAUCUGUGCUCGAGACCCUGGCACAGGCUGUGCGCACUCGGAGGGAAAAAUUGGCGACGAAUUGA